AUGUCUAUUCCACAGACACCAGCGAUGAAAUGGCGAUGGAAUCCAUUAGAGGUAGAUGCUCGCUUAAAAUCCUCUAUUAAACAGCUUGGUUCUAAAUCAUUACGUGCUAUUUUCCCCGGAAUAACUGAACUGAUCGAGACAUCCACCUUUUCCAACUCUAUUGAACUCUUUGCUAGCUACAAACAUCGUUACAUUUUGUAUAAGGACAAAAUUAUUUUGAGUCCCUACCAACUAAUUACCGUGAUUACUGAAGCAGCGUUAGCCUAUGAUCCACAAUCAGCUCUAUCUUCAGAAGCAGAUAUUUCUAAUUCUGGAAGAAAAAUUCGGCGGAAAACAAGUUUAAAUGGAGCUUUGGGCUCGUCACUUUUGAGUUUCAUUUUUUCCCGCCAGAUUUUAGAGAUGAUUUCUCUUCGUCUUGACAAGGAAAAUUUUCAGAAGACAUUAAAUGAACCUUCUCCAAAAAAAAAAUCAACCUCAUAUAUUAUUUCCGAUGAUUCAUUUGAUGAAGAAGAUGAAAUAUUACCCAAACCUGAUGUUUUAGCUGAAAAACUGGCAAAAGAAACGGCCAAGAUUAUGAUUCUCUAG